AUGGGAGGUCAAAUGCCUAUUAACGUAAAGCAACCUUAAUUGAAUGACUUCCCACCCCCAAUUGGAUAGCAAGAUGACAUGGGCAAUAACUAUCAGUCAGCCUAGGACCAAAAUAUUGGUGGUUAAGGAGGAGCUAGUUUUACCGAAGAUGAAAUUUAGAACUUAAGAGACAUCUUUGACUUGUUUGAUAAAGAUCAUAGUGGAAAGAUCGAGAUGAAAGAUUUGGAGGCUAUCAUGACUUCUUUGUAAAGAGAUCCCAACGAGGCGAAGGAAAUGCUUAGAUCUGUAGACCCAAAUCACGAUGAUGCCAUCACUUUUGAAGAAUUCCUUCAAAUGAUGCAGUAAGUAGAGAAUAAGAUAGUCAAAAGUGAUCCAAAUAAUCAAAGAAGAAGAGAGUACUAACGCAGCAGUUCUUAAAAGGGUGUUAUUUAAAUCUCACCAGACUCUAAAGUGCUUGAUUUCCUCAGACUCCUAGAAGAAUAUCGAAGAAAAUGUGAAGAUGAUGGAAAUUAUGCUGAAGCUAAAAAAGCAAGAUCCAAAUUUGACGAAUUACUGAAGAAAGAGACAGUCCGAUAAAAGAAUAACAUCAGAGCAGCAUAGGAACAUGAACUCCAAAACAUCGAAGCAGCUUAGAAAGCUCAAUUCCUAGAGUUUUCAUAAGCUUGGGAUAAUUACAUGAGCGAUUAUGAAGCUACAGCUUAUCUUUCACUUGAGAAGCUUAAGGAAAAGCACAUGCUUGAAUUCCAACAGUUCCAAGAAAAAAUAAGAAAGGAGUUGAGAGCAAAGAUGAAGUUCUCCAAAGAUCUAUUGGAGUUAAGAGACAAGGAAGCUAAACUCGUUAAAAUGAAGAGAUAUGAGGAAGCUGAAAAGGUGAAGAUGAAGGCAGAUCUCUUAGAGGAAUUUGAAAGAAAUAAACUAGAAGCAGAGAUGCAAGCAAUAGUAGAAAAGAAGGAAUCUAAACUUAGACACACCCAGCAACUAGCUUUGGCAGCAUUGCUUAAAAGAAUUUAAAGAGAUAGAAACGAGUAGUUGAAACAUAGGCAACAGGACUCUCAAAGACUGAUACAGAGGAACAAGAAUAUACUCAAUGAUCUCUUGAAUAAAUAAAACUCAGAGACUAAAAAGACUCUCGAACACUUGAAAUAGACUCUUGGCAUGACUAAAAUGGAUAUGUUUUACGAACCGGAUGCGGGAGCUCAAAAGAAGGCUACUAACCUAUAAUCAAUGGCUAAGAAGAAGAAAUCUGAACAAUGA